AUGGAAAUUGUCUCUCUUCCUUAUCAAAGGCUGAAAAAUGAAGAUCUGAUUGGUGAUCAUUAUGAAGAAAAAGAAGGAUCAAUAGUGAGAAAAUCAAGAAACUUUCAAAAGUUCAAAACGGUGCGUUUAAGGAAGAGAUUUAGGGUUAAGGUUCCAAGUUUAAGGAGAUUUUGGAGAAAGAAAGUUAAGUUGGUAUAUUCUGCUUAUGCUAAAGUGUUGAAGAGAUUCAAAGGAAGUCAAGCUCAUUUUGGUGAUCUUUUUGCAGGAAACUAUUUGUUCUUGCAAGUCAAUCCUUCUUCACUGAAGUGUUUUGAAAAAGCUUAUCAUGGUUCUACUGGUUUGUCUUCAAGGUGA